UAGCUUUGUGGGCGAAAUGAAUUUCGCUGAUUUUACUCCACGGAAAGUUUGUGGAUUAUUUCAGACAUUACCUACUGCCACCACCGGUUAGUAACUAUAAUAUUAUAAUUAAUUUCCACGGUCUAACAACAGUUUAGUAAAAAUAUCAACAACCGACUGAUUAGUGAUUACGGGUGCGGGGUGGCAGCCUGCAGCUGGACCGAGGUACAAGAGGCUCGGUAUGGGUAAAUUAUUUUGCGUUCUUAAAAUGUUUUUAUUGCAAUUAUUUUUGUCGUACUGAUAAAAAUAAUAAUUAUUGCGAUUCACGAUGAGUCUGUCCAACGUGCGCGUCAAUUAAAACAAUUCUAGAGCUGUUUUAAUUAUUACAACGACUGCUACGGAAAUAUUUUUUAUCUACAAUAUAGGUAUUAUUAAUAUUAUUCGAGAUAAAAUUCUUAUGAUUUAUGGGUACAUUCUGUUUAAUAUUGCACUACGUAUCUACUAACGUUAGGUAUUGGUCGAGUUAAACAGGUAUCUUAAGGAAUACAACAAAAUGCAAAGUAUUUAAACUGUUAAUUCAACAUAGUUACCAAGUAAAAUUAAAUUACUCAUUUUUAAGUUCCACUUUAAAUGACAACACUGUCGUUCAAGGUGUUAAUCAUAGAUGGGACAGAAAGCAACAGCACAAGUAAGGUUUGUUUAUAUAUUUUGUUUUGAAUAGAAUAAACCAAUUGUUUUAAUAAUACUGUCUUUAGAUUAAUUUAUUUUCAAUGAUUAAUGCCUAAAAUAUGGACGAUGAAACAGAACUUGGAGAUUCAUUGGCUACAAACCUGGAUCAUUCACCCGACAGUUCAUCUAGUUUGUCUAAAUCUGAUGUUAUGGUUGGGAAUCGGAUAAUUGAUAAUUGGUGUGAGUAUUCUUUGAAGAUUUUUUAAAGUAAAAAAUUAUUAUUUUUAUGUUUUUAAAUAAUAAUUUCUAAAUUUUUUUUUUAAGAUCUAUUGACAUUUAGCAUAUACAAUAUAUACUUACUACACUAUGCCCAUACUAUUACUGCUAAUUCAUUGUUUUAUACAGGCUAAUGGACCGCACUGAGUAAUCUCAUGUGAGGACUCAUGAAAUUUUAUUUAAAAUUUUAUAUAUUAAUGCUAUAGUAAGGGCAGUAAAUUGAGGUGUUUUAAGUUUAAAAUUUAAGACAAUAUGUCAAUAUUGGUGUUUAUUCUGCCACUUAUUGUACAAGCCAAGUAGUUACUAGUUAUGUUUAUAUAACACUUGCUAUGCCACAUAAAAAAAAAAAAAAGAAUUUACAAUAUAAUUGUUAAAUAUUUAUUAUUUUAGUGGGUCAUUCUCCAAAAAGUUCAUCUAGUAUGACUAAAUCAGAUGUUAUGGCUGGAAAUCGAAUGAUUGAUAAUUGGUGUAAGUAUUAUUUGAAUAUAUUUGUUAAGAAAAUGUUUAAUUCUAGUUUUGCAAACUCAUAAAAUUGAUUUUUGUUUUGUUUUUGCCUCAAAAUAUAAAUUUCCCUUUCUGAGAACGAUGGUAUAAUAAGAAUUUAGCUCUGAAAAUAUUUAGUUUCAAAAUUCUAGCUUUUUAAAUGUGCAUGUACAACACACUCAGGAUAGAUUUAAUCUGUAAUAUUAUAAGAUGGUAUGUCAUAUUACUUUUUACUAAUCUAAAUUUUAUUUGUGAAUGAUGGUAGCCUAAGCUUAAGGCUUGGUUUAGCGAAAUUUAGAUUUACGCUAACUUUAAAACAGUAUCAGGUUUAGACUUGCAGGUUAUUUAAUAAGUAUGUAUUAUACAGCGCCUUUCAAGCUAACUAUAGCAGAACCGAUGUAUGUGGUAGGUGGUUAUCACUACUAUACCCUACAAACUUUAUAUUGCUAUAACUUUGGUGAAACCAAAUAUUUCUGCCGAAUUCUGAUUAAACCAUUGUUUUCAGUGUAAGUAAGUACACAUUUUCAAAAAAAAAAAAGUAAUUAUUGUUUAUGUCUAAAUAUUAAAUAAUAAUUUCUACAAUUCAUUAUUUUAAUUCAACUAUAUGAAUGACGGUUAUUUAUUAUGGUCACUUAAAAAUUGUUAUUUUGCUUAUAAAACAUAUGUUUGUAUCAAAACUAUAACACUAAUUACUAAAACAUAUAUAUACAUAUUAUAUAUAUAUAUAUGUUUUAGUGGGUUUAGGAGUACAUUGUACAACUUCUAUUGAAGAUUAUUGUGAUGGGGAUUUAGAGCAACCGGACUCAGAUCCAUCACCCUCAACAUCUGGACUUUCAUAUGAUUUAACAACAUUUCCAAAAACAACAUUAUCUGCAAUGCCUAUAUUUUAUCCGCAUUUUAAUGGUUGUGAUAUUCAUCCAUUACUUAUGAAUCAGAGACGACGUCAGAUUGAACCACCAAUUAUAGAUCCAUUGAAUUUACCACCACAUCCUCUUAUGCCAGAUGUUCCACGACAAAUGGUUAAUAAAACUAAGGCUAGUAUAUAAAUAUAAAUCUUUUAUUUUAUGAAUAAUCAUAAAUAUGAUUUUAAAAAAAUAUAUUCAUAGAAAUAAUAUUUAAUAUUGACUAUUUAGUUAUAAUUUUCAAAUAAGUGGUUUAACUAUAUUUGUAGUAAUUUGUAGUUGUAUUUGCAACAUUAUUAAUAUUAUCACUAAAUUGUAUGAACUUUAAUAUUGUGUAUGCCAAAAUUUAUCCAAUUCGGUGAUGGUUGACAUAAGAUUAGUUUUAUUUUAAACAAAUCUGACACCUCUACUUUACUUUCAGAUAAUUUAAUGCAAAAAUAAUCUUGUGAUUGGAAUUCUGAAUGAGCAUUGUACAUUAACUUCUGAAAUAUGUAAAAUUUAAUUAUAAUUAUCUUUGAUUUUUUUUUUAAACUUUAGUUAAUCUGUUCAUAUUACCUUUUGUUUUAUAGCCACAUACCACUUUUUUAACUUAUUUGGAUCCGUAUUUAAUAUUUUCAUAAUCAAAACUGAAACUGUAUAUGUAUAGUAAUUUUUAAAAUGUAUUUCGUUCACAUUUUGUGGUAUAUCAUUGAAAUCUAAUGUUAUAGAAUUACAUUUAGAUUUAUAUUUUGGAUUUUCUUUAUCAUUGAUGCUUAAAUACAAGGGUGUUAAUAUAGCUCUAAAAGUAAUAGAGUUAUGAUCAUACUCAGCAGAACUAAUGUUAUACCAGUUUUCAUUUGAAUUAUCAAUAUUAUUUUCCAUAAUAUUUUUUGAUUUCAUAAAAUAUAAAUUUAAUAUAGAAUUUCACAAGUAAAUUGUAUAAAUUUUUGUUUAUUUAACAAUAGAUAUUUACUAAUUAUAUUUUAAUAUAAAUAAACAAUUAUUAUUGUUAUCUGAUUUACUAGCAUUUUUAAAUAAAUAAUAAUAUAUUUAAUGUUACUCACAUUGUUAUAUUUAAUUUUUUAUUUAUUAGUUACGUACAAAAAUAUCUCAAAGGCGAUCAGAUUUUCCUAGUAGCCAGUCUACAAAUUGUGAACAAUCUUUAAUUGUGGAUACUGAUAAAUGUCAACGUAAAACGUUUUACUGUGUAGCUUGUAAUAAAACGUUUAAGUUCCAAACAUCACUGUUACGACACAAUAAUAAGGUGCACAUAAGUAAGUACCAGUGUCAAUCGUGCCAUCGUGUAUUUUCAAGGCAAGCAUAUCUUGAUGUGCACACAUCUAAACAGGGAAGUUCAUGUUACCUAGGUAAUGGAUAUACCAUUGCAAAGUCAAAAAAAUAAUAUUAAGUAAUAUUUAUAUAUAUUUAACCAAAAAAAAAAAAAAAAUAUGUAUGUGUUAUAUAAAAUAUUUGAAAUCCUUAUAUAUUAAGUGUGCCUCAGAAAUUAGUAUUAAAUUUAUUUGUUGAUUGUUAUAUUUGUUUAUAAUAUUUAUAUUUAUUUUAAAAUGACAGCAUGAUCAAGAAACUUGAAUUCUAGUCAGAGUAACAGCUUGUUUGUUCUAUAGUUCAUUAUUUACAUUGGCAUUACAUUGUUUAUUACCAUUUAUUAGUAAUCUGAAAGUAAUUAUAUAGUAUCAAGAUAGAAAAAUUAUCAGACUGAUGUUUACAACAUACAAUUUAUUGUUAUUUAUUAAUUGAUAUUAAGUCAUUUUACAUUAUUUAUUAAUAUACUUAAAUUACUCUUUUAUGUACUAUAGGAAUCUUUAGACUGAUUAUUUUUGAAUUUUAAAAGUGAAAAUUAUCCACGUAUCUUAGAUAAUUGCUUUAUUUUAGACGACAUAAUAUUCUGAGGCGCCCUUUUACUUUAAUAUUUUGUAAAAAAAAUGCAUAAAUCAUUUAUUCCUUUAUAUCUAAAAAAAGCCAUUGGUACUAUUUGACAUUCAUAAAUGAGCUUAACAUAUUUUUCUCAGGCAUAUAUUGAUUUUCUAUCUAAUUAAAAAUCUUAUUUUUUUAUUUUCUAAAUAAAUUUAUUAUUAUUAUUACUUAUUGUUAAAUUAAUUUCUAAGUGUUAUAUAAUAAUCAUAAACUGUGAUUUGAUAAAAUAUGUUUGUAAUAUUUAAUAAUAAAUAAUGUAUAAUGUAUGUAACUUAUUAUUAAACAAUAAGAAAAGACAAAAUUUAUUAUAUUUUUAUAAAACAUACAGAGGUAUAUUUCAUGAAAUGCAUGUUAUUUUAUUAAUAUAAGUCUACAAUAAAUUGUUAUGUAAUGAAACUAACAAUAAUAUGUUAAAAUUUAUUUUAUAGUUUAUAUAAAAAAAAUAUUUAUUGUUUUUAUUUAUCUGUUAUUUGGGGGAAAUUUUUCAAGAUUUAAAAUGUUAAAUUACUAUAUUAUUAUUUAAAUGUUAUUAAUUAUUUAAAUAUGAAUAAACAUAAAUUAUUUAAAUGUGUGUUAUAAUUGAAUUAAUUUAUAAUUAUUACCAAAUUAUAUUGUUUAUAUUUGUAUAUACUUUAUUAUUAUUAUA